AUAUAUAGAAUAUUCACCAACAGCUGUUUCAGGAUUGUCGCUCCAAGAAUUGUUUACAUUUAUUCAAAGUAUUUAAAUGAUUGAAUGAAAAACAAAAAAUGGAUGAUCCGAUGAAUUCUAAUAUCGAGGAUUUAUUCAAUCCAUUAAUUCGUCGACGAAAAGUUUUGAUUCCGGGAAAAGGUGAUGUUCCAGAUUAUUCAAAUGGAACAAAGGUGAGACAUUGUUGUUUGAAAUGUCCAUUAACAAAAAUUUUAAAAUUUUAGGUAACAUUUCAUUUUAAAACUGAAGCUUCAUAUUCUGAUGAUGAUAAUGAAUUAGACAUGAUAGUGAUUGAUGAUUCAAAAUCAUCGAAUAAACCAAUGGAAUUAUUUAUUGGAAAACAAUUUAAAUUUCCAUUAUGGGAAGAAUGGAUUAAACAUAUGCGAUUGGGUGAACUUUCACAAUUAAGUUUAGAUUGGUUGCUAUGUCAAGAUGUGUAUCCACUUUUAUCAAAAUCGUAUAGAAAUUUUGCCACUCCACAUGACCAUAAUCAUGAUCACGAUGAUCCAGCAAGACGAUCGCAUUGUUGUGGAAUGGCUAAACAAACUGGAACAGGCCAUAAAGAUCUUGAUGAACUUAUCAAUAAACCACCAAAACGAUUACGAUUUACUAUCGAAAUUAUUCGUGUCGAAAAUCCGAAUGAUGUUGAUAAAGAAAUCUGGCUAAUGAAUGAAAAAGAAAUGCAAGAAAAUAUACCAAUUUUACAAUGUGAAGGUAAUGAAUUAUUUGCAGCGAAAAAAUUUGAAGAUGCUUCAUAUAAAUAUCGUAAAGCAUUGGCUAUUCUUGAACAAUUAAUGACAAGAGAAAAACCCGGUGAUCAAGAUUGGUUAAAUUAUGAUCUAGCAAAAAUUCCAUUACUUAGUAAUCUAUCACAAUGUGAACUAUAUCUACAACAAUAUUAUAAUGCUAUACGACAUACUGAUGAAGUAUUGGAAAAAGAUUCAAAAAAUAUUAAAGCUUUAUAUCGUCGUGCUAAAGCACAUUCAGCCGUAUGGAAUGUUGAACAAGCUAGAAAAGAUUUUCAACGUGUUUCCGAAUUAGAUCAAACAUUACAACCAAUGAUCAAACAACAUCUUAUUGAACUUGAUCAUCAGGUUAAACGUAAAACGCAGGAAGAUAUGCAAUUACAUUUUCGUGAUCUUCAGGAAUGGAAUAAUCAAGGUCUAACGAUCAAAAGUACUAGUUCGGAUUGUGCUGUAAAAUUAUUCGAUUCUGCAUUGACUCAGUAUGUUGGUUGGUAUGAUGAUGAUAUUGGUAUGGCUACAACUGUAGAGAAAAUGAUUGCCGAAGAUCCAAAUUUUGUUCUUGGUCGUGCAUUAUCGAUUGGUUUGGAUCUUAUCGGAACCGGAACAAGUAUUCGACGUGAUCCAAAUCUAAAUACUCAGCUAAUCGAUUUGAAACAAUUGGCUGAUAAACGUAAAUCUGAAAUUGAAUGGCGUGAAUUUGCUCAUGUUCAGGCAAUCGAUUUACUUGCUAAUGGAAAUAUGGCUGCAGCCAGUGAAAUAUGGGAACAAAUUCUUAGCAAAUAUCCAACUGAUAUGCUUGCAUUAAAAUUUGCACAUGAUGUUUAUUUUUAUCUUGGUGACAAGAAAAACAUUCUGAAUUCAGUUGAAAGAGUUUUUUCAAAAUGGGAAACAAGUCAAGAUCCACUUCAAGGAUACAUUCACGGAAUGUAUGCAUUUGGAUUGGAAGAACAUCGUCGAUACAGUGAUGGUGAGAAGCAAGCAAAAUUAGGUUUGCAAAAAAUUCCUCAAGAUGCUUGGGCAGUUCAUGCUUUAGCACAUGUUCAUGAAAUGCAACGUAGAACAAAUGAAGGAAUCGAUGCUAUCAAUACAACGGAAAAAGAUUGGCAAGGCUGUAAUUAUCUAGCUUGUCAUAAUUAUUGGCAUUGGUCAUUGUUUCAUAUGGAAUUGGAUCGACCAGAAUCAGCAUCAUCGAUCUAUGAAUCACGAAUUGGACCACAAGCUAAAAAAAGUGGAAACAUGUUGGAUAUUGUUGAUGCUACUUCAUUGCUUUAUCGAUUGGAUUUAUUGUUUCCGAACAAAUAUACUGCUAAUCAUUGGCAAGAUUUAUACAAAGUUUGUGAACCACAUUUCGAUGAUCAUAUUUUAGGCUUUAACACUGUUCAUUUUACAAUGGCAUGUCUUGGAAAUGAUAGACCAGAAAAAGCUGAAGAAUUAUUGGAAGGAUUACGAUCAAUCAAAAGGGAAGGAAUAAUUAAAGAUCAUUGGAUUGAUAUUACUGAACAGGUUUUACAAUCAAUGAUUGAUUUUAAACGUGAAAAAUAUCAAUGUUCAUUAGAACAAUUAUUAGCCAUCAAAGAUGAUCUGCUCAAAAUGGGUGGAAGCGAUGCUCAACGAGAUGUUUUCAAUCAGCUAAUGUUAGUGGCUGCAGUUCGUGCACAAUCAAUGGAUAUUUGUCAACAAUUAUUGAAUGAAAGAAAAUCAUUACGAGGUGAUGAUAUUGUUGUACGUGAAUUGAUUAAAGUUAUGGAACAAUGUUAAACAAACACACACAAAAAUUCACCAAAUUUGAAAUUUUUUAUUAUUUU